GUCAGACGCCCACAUAAUCUCAUCUGGCACUUUGAACCGCAGCAGGCAGCAUCAGGGCUAACUUGUAAGUUCCAGCCCAAGUCGGGCCUUCAUCUUGCGCGCGGAAGCCGACUCGGCGCCGUGGUCGGGAAAAGAUGCCGGCGGCCAAGAACUUCCGCAAGAGAACGUUCGACGCCGACGACUCUGAAGACGAAGCGGACCGCAGGUUGGCGCUGGAGGAGGUGAAGCUACUGCAGAAGCUGCGCGAGCGCAAGCCCGGCAUCCCCGCCGUCCCCUCCUCCUCCUCCUUCUCCGCCGCCGCAGCCGCCGCCGCCGCCGCGGCCUCCGACCUCCUCCGCCGCCCCUCCGCCGGCUCCGACGCCGCCUCCGCCGCCGAUUCCGGCAAGGAGGACCUCGUCCUCCAGGACACCUUCGCCCAAGAAACCGCCGUCACCGUCGAGGACCCCAACAUGUUGAAGUAUGUGGAGCAGGAGCUGGCGAAGAGGCGGGGCAAGAGGAUCGACGCCGGCGAUAAGGAGGAGAAGGACGCGCUCGACGAGCUCUACGCCGUCCCCGACCAUCUCAAGGUGAAGAAGAGGAACUCGGAGGAGAGCUCGACGCAGUGGACCACCGGGAUCGCCGAAGUCCAGCUGCCCAUCGAAUAUAAGCUGAAGAAUAUCGAAGAAACAGAGGCCGCCAAGAAGCUUUUGCAAGAGAAAAGGCUCGUCGGCAAAACGAAAUCCGAGCUGAGCAUUCCGUCCAGUUACAGCGCGGAUUAUCUGCAGCGCGGUCGAGAUUAUGCUGAAAAGCUUCGGAGAGAGCAUCCUGAACUGUACAAAGACCGAGGUCCACAGGUUAAUGAAGCGGGAGGCAAAUCGACAGAAGCUAAAAAUCCCGAUGGUGCAGUGCGUAGGCAAGCUGCCACAGACGAGUUCAUGCUUGAGCGCUUUCGCAAGCGAGAGAGACAUCGUGUUAUGCGCAGAUAGCAUCAGAUGUAAUACUGUUGCAACAUGUUAAGUACUGACCAUCCUUUGCAUUACUUUUAUUUCCCAAUUGUAACUUUCAUAUCUUUGUCCUAGUCCCUUGUAACUUGGCUGCUGAUUUGGGGAUGCGAGGUUGCCUGUGUCAUUUCCUCUUUGAUGAGUUGUGGUAAUUCCAACAAGUUGAAUCUAUUGACCAGGAAAUAUGUUUUACUCCAUCCUGUUAUCAUGCACUGGAGACAAGCUAUCCUGAUUAUGUUACAUUACUGUAUUAUCUUCAAGUAAUUAGUGUAAAGAGUGGUGAAUUUUACAGUAUUUAUCCAAUAAUGCUGCUGUUGUUCAGAGUGGCUGGUAA